AUACGUUCAUGAAGGCUGUUUUAUAGUAAAAGCAUGGAUUUAAAAGUCUAUCAUGACUUUAAAGGGUCGAUGGGGAUUCCUGAGAAAUGUAAAUUACGUCAGAUUUUGCUGGGGUUUCUUAGAAAAGGAGAGGAAGUUGUAUUUGUCAAAUACACAAAACUACGCCCUACCGUUGGUGAAUUUCAAUACAUACCUAGAGCUUAAAAUGAUGAAGAGUGAAUUAUUCUGUAACAGAAUACAGCUUUUUAUCAAAUGUGUUAGUUUAAAAACCUCGAAAAUAACGAAGACUAAAGGGGAAACCCCGAAAACAUGCCAUAAAUUGUAUCGAUUAUUUAACACAGGAAUAACAACAAUCGAACCAAAGAAAUACAGCUGUGAAUCUACUAUGGAGACGAAAGCCGAAGCAAAACACGAAAAUGGAAGAAAACGAAGAGAAGAAGGGGAAAGACCUCGUUUUAGGUAUCGUUUCAAAGAAAUUGGGCCAGCAAUUGAGGGAAUUUGUAAUGAAAGUGAAAGCAGUUUCACAAUACGCGAAGGUAAACACAAUGAUAUCAAAUCCUUUAAAGAAUUUCAAGCAAGCACACAAAUUAAAACAUCCAUGAAGAAAUUAUCAAGCCGAAGUAAGGAAAGUACUGAAACCAGCAAGUAUAAAGCAAGAAGAGAAUGUAAUAAUUGGAACAGAAGGAACUCGAGAGACUAUGUUUUGAAUUCAUCAAGUUCUCACGACAAAAAGAAACACGAGAAAUUGAGAAUAAAAAGGCAGAUAACAGAUAUGUUGUCAACUGAAAUGCAUCAUGUCGUAUAUACCGAUCCGCCAUCGCCUGAGAAGUACAGCGAUGUAAAAUAUGUUCGAUGGUGUCCACAAUACAUAAGUCCAAGCGUUCAAGGUCAUGCGCGGGGAGGAAAGAGUUUACUUCAUCACACGUGCAGGAGAUGUAGAAAGAUAUGUUUUCAUUUGCUGGGGAAGCCUGGAACACCAAGGUUUUGCCUAGCUUGUGCUGGUUAUAAAGAAAGAUACAUUCCUCGAUGGUAUUACCAUGAACAUUGCAAAUACUGCAAGACAUCUAAGUGACAUAAGGCUUAACAAGUGCAGACCCGUUCGACGUCAUGUGGACUUUAAAAAUUUAAUCUGACGUUUCCCAUCAUAGAACACAAAUUAAGAAGUGUGAAACAUACCUUUCAAUGACCAUAUUGAGUACUACACUACAUCAUGUGCGGUAAAGGAUUUUUUUGACUUUCUGUCGUUCUUUGUUUACUGAACGUUGACUAAAAAUAUCAAAAAUAUGUAUACAUACGUAACUGCAUCAACCAUUGACUUCUAAAUAUGUUCAUGAAGAAUUACCUUGCCAAGUAAACCAUGUUCAUGAAGUGGUAAGAUUCAGUCACAUUUCUUAAGUGUGAAUUGUAUGUAUUAUAUAAAGUUACAUAUUUUUACGUGAUUAUUACAAAAUUCAUCAAAACUAGUUAAUGUAAAAACAGAUCUAAAAACUUCA